AUGACGCGGAUAAUACUACCCUUUGCCGCAGUCGUCGCUGCCCUUUCUCCACUCGUCAGUGCCGGGAUCAAAUUCACAUCACCGAAAGCGGGCGACAAGAUUGCGGCUGGCGGAGCCGUCACAGUAAAAUGGGAAGAAGGUGGCACAGGACCGAAGCUCGCAGACCUGACAACGUAUGAGUUGCAGGUGAUCGUGGGAGGCAAUGAUGGCACUGAGCAGGGGAAACAGUUCCCAGUGGGCGUCAUCACAACAAGCGGCGCGUUCACAGCGGGCAACACAGCCUCGGGCAGAAUUGAAACAUCUCAGUCUGAAGACCUGAAAGACGUCAAUGCCUACUUCAUCAAGAUGAUCGCAGUUGGUAAGACUGGCGGUCAGCUCCUCACCUACUCCGAUCGCUUCCAGUUCAGUGGCAUGACGGGCAAGAACAUUCUGAGCCCCGCGGUCAAAGCCGCCGUCAAGGACAUCGAUACCACAACCGGGCCGCCGACCGUAGACACGACGACCGAUGGGACGAAUCCUGCUGACCCAGAUCCGGUUGAUGACGACGUAUACAAGGUGGACUACGCGAUGCAGACGGGUCUGACGCGUUACGCGCCCAUGCAGCCUGUACCGCCCACCAAGAUCACCGCCAAGAACACAAAGCCUUUGUACCCUACAAGCAGCGUCAAGAUUGCGAAGUCGAGGCUGCCGAUCCCAAGCCAAUUGACUACGCUCACGCAGAGUCAAACUUUCUCUGUUAAGAGCAUGGAGAACACGGUUGCCGCAGCUCCUCACGCCACCGACGACAUGGCCAAAUUCCUUAGGCGCUGGCAGGACUAG